GAGCAGGCGGCGGCGGCGGCGGCACGCGGGGGCACGGGACUCCUGGCGCGGCGGCGGGCACCGAUGGGCACCUUCUCCCCCCGGGGCCCGGCUCCGUUCGGAGGCCUCUGCCGGUUUAAAGGCCUUUAAAGGGAUUGGCUUCACCUUGCCAAGAUGGUGGACACUGAGAGCCAGAUCUGCCCACUCUCUCCCCUGGACGAUGACGAUCUGGAAAGCCCACUCUCGGAAGAGUUCCUCCAAGAGAUGGGGAGCAUCCAGGAGAUCUCUCCAUCCAUCGGGGAUGACAGCUCCGGGGCCUUCGGUUUCACAGACUAUCAUUGCUUGGGAAGUGGUCCAGGGUCCGACGGGUCUGUCAUAACAGACACCCUUUCACCAGCGUCCAGCCCUUCAUCUGUGAAUUACGCCCCAGUGGCGGGCAGUGUGGACGACUCCUCCAGCGCCACCUUAAACAUCGAGUGCCGGAUUUGUGGGGACAAAGCCUCAGGCUACCAUUAUGGGGUGCAUGCCUGUGAAGGCUGUAAGGGGUUUUUCCGGAGGACCAUUCGCCUUAAGUUGGCCUAUGAUAAGUGUGACCGCAGCUGUAAAAUUCAAAAAAAGAAUCGUAAUAAGUGUCAAUAUUGCCGUUUCCAGAAGUGCCUUUCAGUUGGAAUGUCACACAAUGCCAUCCGUUUUGGGAGGAUGCCGAGGUCUGAAAAAGCAAAAUUAAAAGCAGAGAUUCUUACUUGUGAGCACGAUGUAGAAGACUCGGAAAUUGCAGAUCUGAAGUCUCUUGCCAAGCGCAUUUAUGAAGCCUACCUGAAAAACUUUAACAUGAACAAGAUCAAGGCCAGAAUCAUCCUGGCAGGGAAAGCCAGCAACAACCCACCUUUUGUCAUACAUGACAUGGAAACCCUGUGCAUGGCAGAAAAGACAUUAGUGGCCAAGCUGGUGGCCAAUGGGAUCCAGAAUAAGGAAGCAGAGGUCCGGAUAUUCCACUGCUGCCAAUGUACUUCCGUAGAGACUGUCACGGAGCUGACGGAGUUUGCUAAAUCAAUCCCUGGCUUCGCGAAUCUAGACCUGAACGAUCAGGUGACUUUGUUAAAGUACGGGGUCUAUGAAGCCAUAUUUGCAAUGUUGUCAUCAGUAAUGAACAAAGAUGGGAUGUUAGUGGCCUAUGGAAACGGUUUCAUAACCCGCGAAUUCCUGAAAAGUUUAAGAAAACCAUUUUGUGACAUCAUGGAACCUAAAUUUGAUUUUGCAAUGAAAUUCAAUGCCUUGGAACUGGAUGAUAGCGACAUUUCCCUUUUUGUGGCUGCUAUAAUUUGCUGUGGAGAUCGGCCGGGCCUCUUGAACGUGGGACACAUUGAGAGAAUGCAGGAGAGUAUCGUGCACGUGCUCCAGCUUCACCUGCAGAACAACCAUCCCGACGACACCUUCCUUUUCCCCAAGCUGCUGCAGAAGAUGGCGGACCUUCGGCAGCUGGUCACGGAGCACGCGCAGCUGGUGCAGGUCAUCAAAAAGACUGAGUCUGAUGCCGCUCUGCAUCCUUUGCUGCAAGAAAUCUACAGGGAUAUGUAUUAAGUUUUUUAGGUGUGUUUUUUUAAGACAGAACUUUUCCAGAAUAUUUAAAGCCAACAGAAAUAUUAAUGUUAGAUGGGAGCAAAAAGACUUUGCACAAACGUCAGCUGUGUUUUAAUCCUAGAGCAUGGAAAUCAAUCAUGAUCUAGACAGCUGAAAUAUCACAUUUCUAUUGGUUUUUGAAACAGUAUUUCAGAGUUUGCCAAGAGUAUCCAAAAGCUGAUGAUGAGAGGGGUCUUGGAUAGUAGGGUAGAAUUGGGGGAUGCCGUCUGAUUCUGUUAAGGCACAUGGUUUUGAUCAAUGCAAAUUUAUUUAUAUUAUGUUAGUGAUUUAGCAUUUGGUUAAUUGGUAACCUCAUAAUAAGGACUUUGCUCUGCUCACCACCUUUGGGUUCUCGUGCUCAUUCUAUGCUAGUUUGGAUAACAGUGGCCCUUCCUGAGAAGGCCCUCAAGUCAGAAUUGGGGUGGAUGGAAGGAAAGGGCUGGGGCGCUCAAAAAGCAGCAAAGGGUUUCUUACAAAGACUUCAUUUCCAUCAGAAUUUCAAUGAAGAUAGUGGCACUUUUCUAACUAAGUACUUUUCGAAAGGCUUUUUUUAAAGUUUUUAAAUAGACGUUCAAAGAUCCACUGGUCGUACUAGAUCCCCACCUUGGCAGUUGAGAUUGUGCCAAGCCAGCCGGUCUCAGAUUUGUGUAACAAACUCCAGAUCGCCCUUCUCCAAUCCGAUUCAGAAAGUACUGGUUUGCAGAAUCUAGAAGGCUUACAGUGUUUAACAUCACCAGUUCUGAAACUGCUUCUUGGGUCGCGGAGAACUUGGAGUGACAGCUAAAUCUCAGACUCUGUUAGGGCUAGAAAGGAUCUCAUUAUCUCAUCUUACAGUUGGCAAACUGAAACUCCUGGGAGAGGGGCUUUUUCCAACUCCCCCCCCCCAUCUCCCCCUCCCGAGCCAUUCAAUCUUCCUCCCGGGAUCCAGCCAGCACUGGGCUCUUCCCUGUUCUUUACUCUCUUCCCAUCUGGGCUCUUCCUGGUCACAUCUCCCCUCACUAACGCUUGCGAGCCAUUCCUUCUCCUGGCCCUCUUGAAUCUCUUCUAUCUCUGGAGCUAUCCGUUCAAACUGCCUCUUCCCCCGAGAUGAGCCAGCAUGUCUCGAGCUCGGUUGGCCGUGGCAUGUGCCUAGGGAUUCAUUCUUAAUGUCCCAUCUGCCUUUUCCCCUUGUCUGGUAGUUUCUUUGGUACUUUUUUUCUAUGACUUUUUAACUUUUUUUUGUUGGUAACAGAAACUCCCUAGUGGAGACAAUGAAGCCAAUUUGAUUUAAGUGGUCUGGCCAACCUAACUUAGGACCAUGCACUUCACUAACAGAAAUGACCUGAAGAAAUGCGGAGGUUCUUUACAGUAGAAGGUGGUUUCUGCUUCCUUCCCAGGGUUUAACGACAGGUUGGUUAUUUGGAGAGAUAUGGAGCGAGCCCAGCCUCCUAGGGUGAAAGAUGAUCACAAGAUUUAAAGAUCAUCCUACAUUUGGGGUUAUCUAAAACACCCUGAAUUGAAGAUGUGUUCUCCGUAUAUACUAGUUCUAAUAAGCAGCCUUCAGAGCUUCAUGUCAGCUAGAGAACUGAUGCCAGAAUCCUGCCUCUUGAUCUCAUUUCUGCCAGUUCAGGCUUCCGAGAGGCAAAGCACUUUCUUUUCUGACCCUGAGCAUCGGAACCCACCGAGACCUUGCUGCUUGUGACCUUGCACUACUUGGGUUCCUUUCCCCUCAGUCCAUUUUCACCAGUCAUGAAAAUUCGAGUCAGAAUGUCAGCAUCGGCAGUGCUUGAGGUCUCAUCAACCACUCAUUUGGGGCUGGGGUUUUGUCGGGAGCUCUGCUAAGGAGGAACUUUAAAUAAUGCUACAGAGAAGAGGCAUCCAAUGUAAAGGAAAUUCCAGCUUAAAUUCUUAACUUAAUCUCAAUUUGUAGAUCCAGGGCUGUAACCUCAUCUCCUCAUUCUACAGAGGAGGAAAUGGAGACCCAGUGAGACAGAGACUUCCUUGCACAGAAAUAGGUCUUGAGGCUUCUGUUUCUGCCUUCAGUUUUCCCCAGCCUUUCCUUGGCCCUACCACUGGCCAGAGCCUCAAUCCUCCUUCCAUGCUGAGAGGACAGUGGAACAGGUCUGGUCUCCAGGGGUCUGAGAUCCAGCAAGGCUUCUCUCCCCACAGGACUCCUGAAAGACAAGAUUCAAGGGAAGCCAUUCACCUCCAGCUCUCCCACCUGCAGAGCUGAGCACAGGAGCAUGGACCGUCAUCUCCUUUCUGCAAGCUCUCCUGGGCCUACUGUGGAAGAGGUCUGGGAAUGCACCCACCAUGCUGGGAUUCCAGUCCAAAGCCAGAUUCUUCCCAUUCUGGCUCCGUCAGAGUUGGGUUUAACACCAGGACAAUUAUGAUUCAAAAUCACAAAACAAACCCUGGCUUUUGUCCCUCUCCUGUUAAACAUUUCCCGGACCUUUACUCCCAUGGGGGCAAAAUGAACAUCUCUUUGACCUGACACUGUGUAGAGAGAAGUGGCUGCUGGAUUCUGAGCACUAAAGUUUAUGUGGACCAGAGGGAGCUGACCUGCCGGAGCCCAGGUAUGGCCUCCAGGAGUUUUUCAGCCAUUCCUCAUAGGGUCCAUCAUUGAGCACAAGCAACAAGUGCAGCCCAACCUUUUCUUGAUUUCAUCACAAGACCUUGCGCUCUGGUGCAGUCCAGUAGGUACCUCAGAAGAUGCUUACACAUAGGCAGUGCUACCAGCUAGGCACUGCAACUUGAUACUUAUUUUUUUACAGCCCCUCCUCCACAGGCUCACAUGCUGAGCAGGGCCCCCCUGUCCUCUGAAGCACUAACCCCCUUCCCC